AUGAUAGCGCGGCGGAUCUGGCGAAGCCAUCGGUUUCUCCGCCCGUUCAGCUCCUCUUCUGUUUGCGCUCCGCCGUUUCGGGUACCGGAGUAUCAUUCUCAGUCGUUCGCCUCUCCGACGCCGCGCCCGUUCCUUGUUCACUCUCUCUCUGGAGAUCAUGUCGAAGAGUUUCAGCCGCUCUGUGAAGUUCAGAGCGAUAAAGCAACGAUUGAGAUAACGAGUCGUUUUCAAGGGAAAGUAGCUCUGGUUUCACAUGCUCCAGGCGACAUUAUCAAGGUUGGAGAGACUCUGAUUAGGCUGGCGGUUGAAGACGCACAGGAUGAUCUUCUCGUAUCCUCUGAUAGUUCAGGCAAUGUAGACCAGGGCGGUUCAAAGCGAAACACAGAGAAUCUUGUCGGAGCUCUGUCAACGCCUGCUGUUCGUAACCUUGCAAAAGAUCUUGGCGUAGAUAUAAAUGUCAUUAUUGGAAGUGGUAAAGACGGGAGAGUUUUGAAAGAGGAUGUUCUUCGAUUUGGUGGCCAGAAAGGAAAUGCAGCAGAUUCAGUUUCCUCUGAGCAUGCUGCUGUAGGAAAGGAGUCGAUUUCCACUAUAGCGAGUAACUUUGAAGAUAAAACUGUUCCUCUAAGGGGAUUCAACAGAGCAAUGGUGAAGACAAUGACUAUGGCAACAAAGGUGCCGCAUUUUCAUUUCGUCGAAGAGAUUAACUGCGACGCGCUUGUGGAGCUCAAGCAAUUCUUUAAAGAGAACAACACGGAUUCGACCGUCAAACACACUUUCCUUCCUACUUUAAUCAAGUCACUGUCAAUGGCUCUAAGCAAAUAUCCCUUCGUGAACAGUUGCUUCAACGAGGAGUCUCUCGAGAUCAUCCUUAAAGGUUCACACAACAUUGGAGUUGCAAUGGCUACGGAACAUGGUCUUGUCGUUCCUAAUAUCAAGAAUGUUCAGUCGCUGUCUCUACUAGAGAUAACCAAAGAGCUGUCGCGGUUACAACAUUUGGCAACAAACAACAAACUCAACCCAGAGGAUGUAACCGGUGGAACCAUAACUCUGAGUAACAUUGGAGCGAUCGGUGGGAAAUUCGGGUCCCCUCUUCUAAACUUACCCGAAGUUGCCAUCAUCGCCCUUGGAAGAAUCGAGAAAGUUCCCAAAUUCUCACAAGACGGAACUGUUUAUCCUGCAUCGAUAAUGAUGGUUAACAUCGCUGCGGAUCACAGAGUUCUAGAUGGAGCAACGGUAGCUCGGUUUUGCUGCCAGUGGAAAGAGUAUAUUGAGAAACCGGAGUUGCUAAUGCUUCAAAUGAGAUAA